AUGGCGGCUACCGAAAAGUCUGGUAGCAGCCUUAUGAGCCAAUAUAAUAUCGUUCUACCGAAAAGGCAGGCGUAUGACUCUUCCGGCAAACCUAUACCUGCAUGCGACCAGGAUCAAUGUGCUGCGGCAAUAAAGGGGGAGUAUCUUCCCGUCGAUCUAAGCUCGUUUUGGCAUCAGAGAGCAGUUAUCCGUGGGAUUCGUGAUUCACUUCAAUUUGCAACAAGCCCGGAAAUUCUUGAGCUAUGCUCCGGCGACGAUGGUCAGGCCCAUCAAUUUUCCCGCGCCCGCAAUGCUCGCCUGAUUAUGAGUGAUGUAAUCCCCGAUAUGAAAAAUCCUGCCACUCAGCCGUACUGUAUCUGGUAUCCCGACCUUGCAUCAGAAGAAACAUAUCGCGAAGUUGCCCGUCGGUAUCCGUCUAUGCGGUAUCAAGUGGGCCGGGCGUGUGCUGCAGCAUGCUAUACAGAUCUCUACAAAGAAUUGGACCUUUUGCCUGACGUUUCUAUUGCGGAAGAAUCCCGCGAAGUUGACAAAGACGCCGAAAUCUACAAGAUUAUCAUGUCCGCCCCCCCCCCCAACGAUAUGCUGUCAUGGAAGAUUUCUCUCGAUCCGUUCAUCUUGAAACCCCACGAACGCAUGCAGACGACUGCUGAUGAUAUUGACAUCGAGGAAGAUGGAUUUAUCGGCUUUCAAGAUAUCGGCUUGAAGGAUAUCAGCGGAAUGGAGGAAUAUGCUGAACUGGGCCCAGGCCAGUCCGAUCAACUGUGGAUGCCUCUUCCGCCUGAUCUCCCAAAUCUUGAAAAGCGCCUUCAGACACAGAUGGCCGCGUGGGAGGGCAAUGCGGAUCGAUACAGUCGACUAAUGCACCCACGCAGGCUGAGAACCAAACUUGAAUACAAUUGUGUUCUUCGUGGCAUUUAUCACAGUACAACCUUCGCCAGAUGGUGGGCUUAUCAGCUGGAAACAAACCCUGGACGGGCUAUCCUCCCAGGUAAAUUGCUCAGCCAAGGCAAUGAACUGGAGUGCAGAGGGAUUCGCACUGCGAUUAAUGCCCGCAUGAUAAUGAACAAUGAUAUCUCUGGCAUCAACGAUGACUCGGACUGCCUCCCGUGGGUCAUAUGGGGGCCCGUGAAGCCCUCUGAGAACACUUUAGCUGAUCUGGUUCGAAAGUGUCCGUCCAUGGGACAUCAAGUUGCGAUCACUUGUAUAAUUUGUGAUUACGAUUCGAUAUUCCGAAGUUUGAAGCCCCCCUACACCAGAUCCUUGUAUGUGGCUGCCAGGCGAAGUGAAAAUCCAUUCUACCUACAGUACCUUGAGGAAAUCAUGAAGGAGCGCAACAUAACUCCCCCGGACUUUCACCGCUUCAAGAACUUUGAUCACACUGCACCAGGCUUACAGACUGAUCUGGAGCCUAGAGAUGAUCUCACUGGUCCCACUGUCAGCUACAAUGACAUGGAGAUCUGGUAUGGGCAAUACCCCGGUGGAAACAAACACGAAGAAACUCGAGGUACAUAUGGAGGCGGACUAGCAAAUCCGGGAAUGGUGGAGAGAUACAUGUGGCUCUCAACUGAAACUGCACAGAAGUUGAAAGAUGAACUUGACGCGCCCUACCCAGGUGCGGAUAUUGGUCUUUUGUAUGACGAUGAAGAACUUCGAUCCAAGCUUUCACGCGGUAUACAGCCCAUGAAGCGGUAG